UCGAUAGAGAUCUACACCUUCACAAUGGGUCUCGCAGCGCCGAAAAAUCGCUCUCGCAUCUCCAACGACCCUCAAAAUACAACCUGGGCGAACAAUACCAACCGUUUUGGCCACAAGAUCCUCGCCGCUCAGGGCUGGACCCCCGGGUCUUCCCUCGGCGCUGCCAAUGCUGCGCACGCCGCCCACUAUACUGCCGCCUCUGCAUCUCACAUUCGCGUCCUGUUGAAAGAUGACACUCUCGGCCUUGGCGCGAAACGAGGUAGCGAAAGUGCAGAGAAUUUUGGGCUCGCUGGCCUCGCCAGUAUACUGGGCAGACUGAACGGGAAUGAGGCGGAUGUGAAGAAAGAAGAAGAAAGGCGGGAAAAGGUGGAGCAGAGAGCAUACGUGUAUCGCAAGUAUGGCCUCAUGAACUUCGUCAGUGGUGGAUUUUUGGUCGGUGGGGAGAUUAAGGCCAAGAACGAGAUUGAGGUCAAGAAGGAAGUCGAAGUGAAGCAGGAAAUCAAAAGCGAAAGCGAAGGAGACGAGCCAAAAUCCAAGAAGCGGAAGCGGUCUUCGGGGGAUACGAAGGGAGAGAAAGAGGAGACUGGCGAAAACCAACCGAAGCUCAAGAGAAAGAAGAAGAGCAUCAACCUCCGAGAAGGAGCUGGAGACGACGACGACGAUGAAGAGGAUGAGGAUGAGGCAGUUAAUGACUCGUCCUCCAAAUCGAAAAAGAGCAAAAAGGACAAAAAAGACAAGAAGGACAAAAAAUCAAGAAAGUCCUCUUCGACCGAUACCCCCAGCUCCACAGAUCCCGCCUCUGACAAAGCCCGGAGAAAAGCGGAAAGACGCGCACGCAAGGAGAAAAAGAAGCUCAAGAAGGCGCUCAAGAAGGCGGCAAAAGAAGCUGCGCAAUCGAACCCGACGAGCAACGACCCCUCCAGCUCCUCAAGCGAAGAUGAUGAUGAAGAACAAAGUACACCUUCCAGCUCCACACUCACAUCCGGUGUGUCUACACCAGCAUCUGGCGCUUCGGGCUUGAACUUCGGCAUGAACGGUCGGCAUGCCGUCAGACAAAGGUACAUCCGCCAAAAGAAGAUGGCAGGCAUGGAUCCUCAGGCUCUGAAAGAGAUUUUCAUGAUCAAGACAACCUCGUGA